UUCACUAACAAUAAUUAGAGAUUAGAGAGAGGGGCAGCAGCAACGAAAGUACAUAUCCUGGCUCUCUCCCUCUUCCCGUCCUUUCCGUUCUCUGCUUUCUCCCCUUACUAUGUCCUCCGUCCUUCUCUUAUCCCUGUUCGAACAACCGCGCGACUGUUACUUCUUGUAUCAGCUAACUGACUCCGGAACAGCAGCUCCUGUCGCAAGAUUUUCGUUUGAAGGCCGGCCAGAACAACAAUUUGUAAGUUAACACAAAUUAUUGCACUAAUUAGCAUGAGCGGAUUCGUCCACUCUGAUCCCGAGGUGUGAAUUCGGAUGCAAAAACAGCGUGCAUUAUGGUAAAAUUGGUUGCAAAUUCGUUUGCUUUAAAGCGGUGCAUAUCAACCUCUCCUCAUCUCUCUGGGAGAAUUAAUCAAACAGAAGGUGAGAUAGUCAAAAUGUUCCAGUUGCCUAGAGCAGCAUCUGGGGAAGAGCGAAACUUUCCCAUGAGUAGAAACAUGUCAAAGAAGGACCCUUCAGUUAGGAUGUUGGAUGAGAGAUUCACAAAGAUUUUAAAAAUUUUCAAGUGGGGACCUGAUGCAGAAAAGGCACUGGAAGUUCUGAAGCUGAGAGUCGAUCACCGAUUGGUUGUUGCAGUUCUCAAGAUUGAUGUAGAUGUCAAUGUUAAGGUUCAGUUUUUCAAGUGGGCUGGGAAGAGAAGGAAUUUCCAACACGAUUCAACCACGUACAUGGCAUUGAUCCGCUGCUUGGACGAGGCUGGUGCGUUUGGUGAAAUGUGGAGAACAAUCCAAGAAAUGGCUCGGAGUGCACGCAUUAUUGAGCCAGCUGAGUUAUCUGAAAUCAUAAGAGUCUUGGGCAGGGCUAAGAUGGUGAACAAGGCAUUAUCUGUGUUUUACCAGGUCAAAGGCCACAAGUGCAAACCAACUGCAAAUACUUACAACUCCAUGAUCUUAAUGCUGAUGCAAGAAGGGCAUAAUGACAAGGUCCAUGAGCUCUACAAUGAGAUGUGUAACGAGGAUAACUGUUUCCCAGACACAGUUACAUACAGUGCGCUGAUAUCCGCAUUUGGGAAAUUGGGUCGUGAUGAUUCUGCCAUUAGGUUGUUUGAUGAGAUGAAGGAUAAUGGUUUACAUCCAACUGCAAAGAUAUACACUACCUUAUUGGCAAUUUUUUUCAAGUUAAACAAAGUUGAGCAAGCCUUAAGCCUAGCACAGGAGAUGAAAAAGAAGGGGUGCCCGCCUACUGUUUUCACUUACACUGAAUUGAUAAAGGGGCUUGGCAGAGCGGGGAGAGUAGACGAUGCUUAUGCUAUAUACAAAAACCUUCUGAGGGAGGGUUGUAAGCCUGAUGUUGUGCUCAUGAACAAUUUGAUAAACAUCUUGGGAAAGGAAGGUCGUAUAGAAGAUGCUAUUAAGAUUUUCAACGAGAUGUCAUCUUUGCAUUGCACACCUAAUGUGGUGACUUAUAACACUGUAAUCAAAGCGUUAUUUGAAUCCAGAGCUCCAGCUUCUGAGGCAGCUUCAUGGUUUGAGAAGAUGAAGGUUAAUGGCAUUGUUCCCAGUUCAUUUACCUAUUCAAUUCUUAUUGAUGGUUUUUGCAAAACAAAUAGAGUAGAGAAAGCUUUGUUGCUUCUCGAAGAGAUGGAUGAGAAGGGUUUUCCUCCUUGUCCAGCUGCCUAUUGCAGCCUGAUCAACAGUCUUGGAAAAGCAAAGCGGUACGAAGCUGCAAAUGAGUUAUUCCAAGAAUUGAAAGAAAAUUGUGGUCGUUCAAGUGCUAGGGUAUAUGCUGUGAUGAUUAAACAUUUUGGGAAAUGUGGGCGUCUCGAUGAUGCUGUGGAUCUUUUUAACGAGAUGAAGAAACUCGGAUGCAGUCCAGAUGUGUAUGCUUAUAACGCGCUCAUGUCAGGGAUGGUGAGGGCUGAUAUGAUAGAUGAAGCACAUUCCUUGCUUAAAGUCAUGGAAGAAAACGGCUGCAUUCCUGACCUAAACUCACAUAACAUUAUUUUGAAUGGCUUGGCUAGGACGGGUGGCCCAAAUCGGGCUUUGGAAAUGUUUUCCAAAAUGAAGCAUUCUAAGAUUGAACCAGAUGCGGUUACUUAUAACACUAUUCUUGGUUGUCUAAGCCGAGCUGGUUUGCUUGAAGAGGCUGCAAAGCUGAUGAAAGAGAUGGAUUCAAAAGGUUUUGAAUAUGAUCUCAUUACUUACUCGUCAAUUCUUGAGGCAGUCGGCAAGGUUGAUGACAUUCAUAAGUCUUCCUCGGGGGGAUCUGGUCAUACACCCUAUUAAGUGCCAGCUGAACAGCAUCACAUCCUACAAAUUUCUAGUAUCGUCGAGGUUGGAACUUGGCUGAAAACGAAAGGAAAAGAAACACGAAAUUAUAAAGGUGAUGCAUUGUAGAACUUGCUACUAAACCGAAACUGAUAAAGACGGUCCCGGAAGUGAUAGAAAACCCCAUUCGAAUGCUGACUUUGUAAAUACGAUUAGAACGAGGGUUGCGGUUUGGCUUCGUAGUCUCUGCACAGCCUCACCGAACUUAUCCAGGGGCUGGACAAAUUCAGUGCUGAAAUGCGGUAGCCUUCUAAUUGUAGUAUAUAAAAGGAUGUUAUAAUCUAAUGUUCAUUUCGCCACCUAUUUUUGUAAGGAAUAAUUCAUUCUGAUACGUUUUUGAUAACUCUGUUUCUUAUAACCAUACAUAUCCGCCACCUCA